AUGGAGCCAGGAAAGGGGGGUGCUCUUUUCCAGAAACACCCAAAUGCCCCCUCUACCUUUUUUGCCUCCGUUCUGGGGGGUGGGGGGGCGCGAGAAAAAGAUGUCAAUGACCAUUGUUUGCUCGUUUGGGAAGUUGCUCCGCCCCUCGACUCGGGGGCUCGCCACCCGCGGACAGCUCGUCACAGGCGCUGCCGCCGCGGCCGAGGUGGCGCCGACGAGCGGCCGCCGCGUCCCGCCCGCGCCCGCCCGGGCCCCCUACCUGGCCGCCCGCCGCGCCAUGUCGUUGAGCCCAAGCACACGACGCCCUUCUCCGUGUCCGACAUCCUGAGCCCCAUCGAGGAGACCUACAAGAAGUUCGGCGGCGCCAUGGACGGCGCGCCGCCCGGCCUGGGGGCGCCCCUGGGGGCCGCGGCCGCCGCCUACCGCGCCCCGCCGCCGGGGCCCUCGGCGCAGGCGGCCGCCGUGGCGGGCAUGCAGCCCCCGCACGCCAUGGCGGGCCACAACGCGGCGGCCGCCGCGGCCGCGGCUGCCGCGGCGGCCGCGGCGGCCGCCACCUACCACAUGCCCCCCGGCGUCUCGCAGUUCCCGCACGGCGCCAUGGGCGGCUACUGCAACGGCGGCCUGGGCAACAUGGGCGAGCUGCCCGCCUACUCGGACGGCAUGCGGGGCGGCUCGGCCGCCGCGGCCACCGGCUGGUACGGCGCCAACCCGGACCCGCGCUACUCGUCAAUCUCCAGGUUCAUGGGGCCGUCGGCGGGCGUGAACGUGGCCGGCAUGGGGUCGCUGACCGGCAUCGCCGAAGCCGCCAAGUCGCUGGCGCCCUUGCACGCGGCGGCCGCGGCACCGCGAAGGAAGCGCCGCGUGCUCUUCUCGCAGGCGCAGGUCUACGAGCUGGAGCGGCGCUUCAAGCAGCAGAAGUACCUGUCGGCGCCCGAGCGGGAGCACCUGGCUAGCAUGAUCCACCUGACGCCGACGCAAGUCAAGAUCUGGUUCCAGAACCACCGCUACAAGAUGAAGCGGCAGGCCAAGGACAAGGCGGCGCAGCAGCUGCAACAGGAGGGCAGCCUGGGCCCGCCGCCGCCGCCCGCCUCCCCGCGCCGCGUGGCCGUGCCGGUGCUGGUCAAGGACGGCAAGCCUUGCCAGAACGGGGCCGGCACGCCGACGCCCGGCCAGGCCGGCCCGCAGCCGUCCGCCCCGACGCCGGCGCCCGAGCUGGAGGAGCUGUCGCCCAGCCCGCCCCCGCUGCACGGCCCCGGGGGCGGCCUGGCGGCCCUGGACGCGGCCGCCGGGGACUAUGGCGGUGGCGUGCUCGGCGCCAACCUGCUCUAUGGCAGGACGUGGUGA